AUGUCAUCAUUUCUACUGUCGAAUGUUAUGAAGGCUGCUCUUGCACUAACAAAUGGAACGAAUCUUCUUUCUAAUGAUGAUAAUCUUGAACCAAUCAAUGAUUUGUCAUUUAACAAUUCUAGUACACUGUUUGAUGAUACACCUGAUUCAUUGUUCUUUCCGAAUGGUAUUCCUAAAGUACCUAAAUCAACUUCCAUUGAACAUGAUCGGGAUAUGUAUAUCAAGUCAAUUCUAACAGAGGGAGAAAUAACAAACUCUGCUCAUUUACCUUUUCAAUUAGUAAUUCCAAUGAUGAUGAAACCAUUGAAUACCAAAAAGAAGGGAAACAUCCCUCAACAAGAAUAUUAUUCACAUGAGGAAUUGAAUGAUAUUUCUGAUGAGGAAAGAAAGAAAAGACAGGCUCUUCUUGACAAGUAUGACUGA